AUGGCCGUCAGAGAUCCUCACCAGGAGGCGUCUGGCACGCCAGACCCGGUCGAGAAGGGAUUCGCCACCCUGAACACGCUGAGGAUCGGCGUGAAGGCCAUGGUUGAGAAGGAUGGAGUACAUCGAAAAGCAGAGAUUUUGUCUAUGAAGAAACGGCAGGACGUUCCGUAUUUCUAUGUACACUAUGUCGAUUUUAACAAGCGUCUUGAUGAAUGGGUUCCUGCUUCGCGCAUCGAUCUCUCGCAGGAAGUUGAAUGGCCUAUGCCGGAGAAGCCUGACAAGAAAAAGACGGCUGGUGCAGCUAACAAAGCUCCAAGCAAGAACACGGCCCAAAAGCGUGCCAGAGCAGACAGCCGUGAUGUGUCAGGGACACCGGAUUUGUUGACUGGCAAGAACAGCAAUGUUAGCAAGAAGCCGCGUCCAUCGAAAGCAGGCGGCAAGGAAAACCGCGCCGACGAAACGCCCCUCACUUUAUCUAUCGUUGGUUCGGAGGCUGUCUCAGCAGACGGCACACCGAAGCCAGAACCCGAAGAUGUUGACAUGAUUGACGUCGGCGAAGCGGAUUCGAAAUUGGGCGUCAAAGAGAAGACCCAGGAAAUGUCCCGGGAGGAGGAGAUCGAGAAGCUGCGGACAAGCGGCAGUAUGACGCAGAAUCCGAUCGAGGUCCAUCGCGUCCGUAACUUGAACAGGCUGCAGAUGGGCAAGUAUGAGAUGGAGCCGUGGUACUUCUCUCCGUAUCCAGAGUCCUUCUCUGAGGCAGAGAUUGUCUACAUCGACGAGUUCUGCUUGAGCUACUUUGACAACAAGCGGGCGUUCGAGCGACAUCGCAAGAAGUGCACCCUCGUCCAUCCGCCUGGAAAUGAGAUCUAUCGGGAUGACUACAUCUCAUUCUUUGAGGUGGAUGGGCGUCGCCAACGCACUUGGUGCCGGAACCUCUGCCUGCUGAGCAAGCUGUUCCUCGAUCACAAGACCCUUUACUAUGAUGUGGAUCCUUUCCUCUUCUACUGCAUGUGCACGAGAGAUGAGACUGGCUGUCAUCUCGUCGGGUAUUUCUCCAAAGAGAAGGACUCGGCGGAGGGGUAUAAUCUGGCAUGCAUUUUGACCCUUCCUCAAUAUCAACGUCGUGGAUUUGGACGACUGCUCAUCUCCUUCAGCUACGAGCUCAGCAAGCGGGAGGGCAAACUGGGUUCGCCUGAGAAGCCGCUCAGUGAUCUUGGACUGUUGAGUUAUCGACAGUACUGGCGAGAAGUCCUGGUGGACUUGCUCAUGGAACCCGGUCGAGAAUCGGUCAGCGAAUAUGAGCUGGCGACUCUCACGUCCAUGACAGAGAAGGAUGUCCACGAGACGUUGCUGGUGCUGAACAUGCUGCGAUAUCAUGUAAGUUCAAUAGCCAUGCCCCUGAUUGAUACUUUUCAAAUUCGAGAUCCGCGGCGAAAUAUUGACCCCUGUCUACAGAAAGGAAACUGGGUCAUUGUCCUCACCGACCAGGUCAUCGAACAGCACAAGAAGAAGCUGGAGAAGGAAAAGACAAAGGGGAUCCGGAAGAUCGACCCCGCGCGACUGCAAUGGAAGCCACCGGUAUUCACCGCCUCCAGCCGGACCUGGAACUGGUGA